GUUCCACCGUGCGUAGUCAGUGCAUGAUCCGGAACGAGAAACCAGGCUAUUACUGGCUAUCGCAUCUUUCGCACCUCUUCGUGGUGCGAAACGUCCACACUCCACCGCGGCCGCCCCCUCCGAACUCCCCGUCCUCGUCGCACCUCCCAUGUUGAAUGGCGAAGCCAUCCGGUCUGCAGAGUAUAAUAUGGCCUCGUCUUCCUGGAUCGCUGCGGUUGAGAAGCUCGUCGAGCCUUCUAUCGCAUCGUUCCUGCUGUUCGAUUAAAUGCUCAAUCACUUGUCCCGCUCCUCCCCGGCGCAAUGUUCAACGACACAACAACCCGUGCAUACAAUAGCACACGGGCGGGACCCAAUCUUUCAGUCCCGAGCGCAUCUGAUCCCUUCGAGGUCGCCAAGCUCGCGGUGGAAUCCACAGUCCCCGUACCGACUUCGAUUUCCUCCGACGCACAGGACCCUCCGAGCCUGACUAUCAUCUUCGGAGUCAUAGGCGUUCUCAUUGCAGUCAUCGGGCUCGCCAUUGCCGCCCUUCAGCUGCGGCACAUGUAUCAGCGGAAGAAGAACCUUUUCGACGCGUUCCAGACCAUACCGGAAAUGACUCGAGACCAAAGUCGCCCUGCGAAACGUCGCAUUGAGGGACUUCAUCGCUCCUCUUUAGUCUUACGUGGACUGUGUGCGACAAUUUGGUGCAUGUCAGUCGGUGGGCUGUGCGAAACGAUGAGUAAGGAAGAUAUACCUGAAUUUACUUGA